AGUAAUAUCAAUUCACAUCGGUCAAGGCGGCGUGCAAAUGGGCAACGCGUGCUGGGAGCUCUACUGCCUGGAGCACGGAAUCCAACCAGAUGGAUUGUGUCCCUCUCCAGAAUCAAACGACGGGUUCCAAACAUUUUUCAACGAAACAGAAGCGGGUCAUUUUAUCCCACGAGCAGUUCUUAUCGACUUAGAACCAACAGUUAUCGACGAAGUCCGGUCGGGAACUUACCACCGGCUGUUCCACCCAGACCAGAUGAUAACCGGUAAGGAAGACGCCGCUAAUAACUUCGCCAGAGGGCACUACAGCCUCGGCCGAGAGAUAAUCGACGAGGUACUGGACAAGUUGCGACACGUUGUCGAUAAGUGCGAGGGCUUGCAAGGGUUCCUGAUUUUCCACGCGUUCGGAGGAGGAACCGGCUCCGGACUAACCUCUCUAUUAAUGGAGCGGCUGUCGCAGGACUACGCGAAGAAGUCCAAGCUGGAGUUCGCGAUCUAUCCCUCCCCUCACAUUUCUACCGCAGUGGUGGAGCCUUACAACGCCAUCUUGACGACGCACACCACACUGGAGCACUCGGACUGCGCUUUUCUGGUCGAUAAUGAAGCGAUCUACGAUCUCUGUCGUCGGUGUCUUACCAUCGAUCGGCCUACUUACACCAACCUUAACAGGAUUAUCGGGCAGAUAGUGUCGUCGAUCACCGCGUCUCUAAGGUUCGACGGAGCGCUCAACGUCGACUUAACCGAGUUCCAGACGAAUUUGGUGCCUUUUCCCAGAAUCCACUUUCCUUUGGCCACGUAUGCGCCAAUUAUUUCUACGGAAAAGGCCUACCAUGAGCAGCUCAGUGUGAUGGAGCUCACUGCGGCUUGCUUCGAACCUGGGAACCAAAUGGUCAAGUGCGACCCCAGGAAGGGAAAGUACAUGGCCUGCUGCUUGCUAUAUCGGGGCGAUGUUGUUCCCAAGGAUGUCAAUGCUAGCAUUGCGAGCAUGAAGGUCAAAAGGGGAAUCCAGUUUGUGGAAUGGUGUCCGACUGGGUUCAAGGUAGGGAUAAAUUACCAACCUCCAACAGUAGUUCCUGGAGGAGAUCUUGCUAAAGUACAGAGGGCAGUAGCGAUGCUUGCGAAUACUACUGCAAUUGUUGAACCCUGGAUGCAGCUAAAUAGAAAGUUUGAUCUUUUGUACAGUCGCAGAGCUUUUGUUCACUGGUAUAUCGGUGAACAAAUGGAAGAGAGUGAAUUUAAUGAAGCACGAGAUGACUUAUCGGCUCUAGAAAAAGACUACCGUGAAGUUGCAAUGGACGCAACGGACAUCGGCGGUGAAGAUGAGGUCUAA